UUCGAAUGGGAGCCCUAAGCAUAAGCAAGGUGGAACUGGAAGGAGGUUGAAGAAGAAGAAUUGAACUAUUGAAGUGAAAUCUGCCACUGCCAACUACAAAGUCGCCAUCCUAAAGUGGCUUUGAAUUGCAUUGUUUAGUUGGAUGGAGCAAGUUUGUCUCAACAGUGAGCCAGUAGAAGAUGAGGAUGAUGAAUUUGAGAUUGAAGAAGAAGGGGACUGUGAAAGUGAAUUUGUCAUUCAAAAUGGGAUCAUUCAAGGACAGAACCCUCUUCCUCCUGCUGUUGGAAUGGAAUUUGAGACUUAUGAGGAUGUUUAUUACUUCUAUAAUUGCUAUGCUAAGGAACAGGGAUUUGGGGUUAGAGUAACUAAUACCUGGUACCGCAAGAGUAAGGAACGUUACAGAGCAAAACUUAGCUGCAGCAGUGCAGGCUUCAAGAAAAGAAGUGAAGCAAAUCGCCCCAGACCUGAAACCAGAACUGGUUGUCCUGCUAUGAUCAAGUUCAGAUUGAUGGACUCCAAAAGGUGGAGAAUUAUAGAAGUUGAGCUUGACCACAAUCACUUGAUUAACCCCACCAGUGGAAAGUUUUAUAAGUCACAUAAGCAAGUUGCUCUUGGGAACAAAAGAACAUUGCAAUUAGAUGGUGCUGAACAAGUUCAGAAAAUUAGGAUGUUUCAAACUGUGAUAGUUGAUGCUGAGGCUGAUGUAAGUGUCGAUGUUGAUCAAGGGAAAUCCGAAAAAAAUCUUUACACCAAUCAAUUGAAGCUAAGGAAAGGUGAUGCUGAAGCGAUUCUGAAUUUUUGUAGUCACUUGCAAUUGGCAGAUCCAAACUUCUUCUAUGUGGCGGAUAUCAAUGAGAGGGGAUGCUUGAGGAAUUUGUUCUGGGCCGAUGCAAAGUCCAGAGUAGCAUACAGUUAUUUUAGUGAUGUGGUCACAAUUGAUACUACAUGUUUGACAGGUGAAUAUCAAGUUCCCCUGGUUCUGUUCCUUGGAUUAAACCACCAUAAACAAUGCAUUUUGUUUGGUUGUGGAUUGCUUGCUGGUGAUACCAUUGAUUCAUAUACAUGGCUUUUCAGGGCAUGGCUUACAUGUAUCUUAGGACGCCCCCCACAAGUUAUCAUUACCAACCAAUGUGGAAUCUUGCAAACUGUGGUUGCUGAUGUUUUUCCAAGAAGUACACACUGUUUUUGCUUAUUUAAUAUCAUGCAAAAUAUUCCAGAAAAACUGGGAACAUCUCCAGAAUAUGAAGCAAUCCAUGCAGAUCUGAAGAGAGCAGUUUAUUCCUCUCUGGGGGCUCAGGAAUUUGAAGCAAAUUGGGAGGACAUGAUGAAAAGCAAUGAAAUUAGAGGCCAUAAAUGGCUUCAAUCAUUGUAUGAAGAUCGGAAACGGUGGGUUCCAGUUUAUCUGAAGGAAAAUUUCUUGGCAGGCAUGUUUCCAAUUCAACCAAGUGAUGUUGUAUCAUUUUUCUUUGACGGGUACCUUUAUGAACAAACUUCCCUUAAAGAAUUUUUGGAAAGAUAUGAUCAGGCUUUACAGACAAAGCGACAACUUGACGCUUUGGCAGAUUUGGACUCAAAAACUUCUAGCUUUAUGCCAAAGUCAAGGUCUAAUUUUGAGUUGCAGGUUUCGAAGUUAUACACCAAUGAAAUAUUAAGAAUGUUCGAAAGGGAAGUGGAAGGAAUGUACUCUUGCUUUAGCACCAGACAGAUAAAUGUUGAUGGGCCAUUAAUCACAUACAUUGUGAAGGAACAAGUUGAAAUUGAGGGAAAUCAGAGAGAUACAAGAGAUUAUGAGGUGUAUUACAAUGGAGAUGAAAUGGAGGUCCUUUGCAUUUGUGGCUUGUUCAAUUUCAGAGGAUUCUUGUGUAGGCAUGCUUUAUUUAUCUUAAGCCAAAAUGGCAUAAAAGAGAUACCACCUCAGUACAUUCUUUCACGAUGGAGAAAAGAUAUGAAGCGUACCAAUGUUUAUGAUCACAAUUGCAGUGGCAUUGAUGUUAAUAGCCCAGUACAUAGGUAUGACCAUUUAUACAGACAGAUUGUGAAGGUCGUGGAGGAAGGUAAGAAAUCCCAUGACCAUUACAGGACUACAGUACAAGCAUUGGAGAACGUAUUGAACAAACUUCAUCUUGUAAAUGUAGAAGAUCUCCCAAUUUAG